AAUAGAUCGAUCUGAUCUUAUGAGCAACAAUUUCCUAAAUUCAACAACAUGACAGGCACGUCUCGAUCAUGGAUCACUUCGGCGUUCGCGAAUCCAAUUGUACUCUCUGCAAUAGCUGUAGCUAUCAUAGUUGGUUAUUAUGUUAGAGCUUGGUACAAACUCCGUAUGUUCAAAGGGCCAUGGUUGGCGAGCUUCUCGGAAGCAUGGUUAUUUGGAGCAACUAGUUCAGGGGAUGUGCACAUGAAACUUUACGACGUCUGCAAGGAAUAUGGUAUGUAAUCUGUUCCUUGAAAUGACUUUUUCUCUUCGGAAAUGAAAUAAUGAACUGAUACAAUGUUUAUCGACGCAGGGGACUUCGCACGAGUUGGACCCAACUGGUUGAUGACCAGUGACCCCGAGGUCAUCCGUUACAUGAGUGCCGCAAAGUACAAACAUCAAAAGUCGAAUUGGUAUCAGGCCCUCAAAGUCGAUCCAUACGUGCAUAGCGUCUUAUCCGAGACCAGCCUAGAAAAACAUGAUAAACUGAGAGCCAAAAUGCAAGCAGGGGUAUGUCAACACCACCCCUUGAAUUUUCCAGCUAACCAGUGAAAGUAUUCCCUGAAAGAAAACAAAGAUCUUGGUCCCAAAAUCGACUCCCAAAUCUUGUCUCUUGUUGAUCUGAUCGAGCGAAAAUAUGUUUCCACGACUGCGGAAGUGAAACCUAUCGAUUUCGCUCGUACCGCACAGUACUACUCCCUCGAUGCAAUCACGAGUAUUGCGUUUGGGAAAGCUUUUGGUUACUUGACGGCAGACAAAGAUAUGCAUGGCUUCAUCAAGAUAGUUGAGACGGAACUUCCGUUGGCGACAUUUUGUGCAAAUACUCCUACGCUUGGACAAAUUGUUUUUGGAAGUGGUUUAUUGAACGUCCUUUGGCCAACCAGUGCAAAAGAUCAAACUGGACGAGGGAAAUUAAUGGGGUGAGACUGAUCUUGGGCUUUCAUGGCUAUCACAAUUUUUGACGUAAUUUAGGAUAGCGAAAGAAGUCGUCUCGGAACGUAUCGGUCCCAAUAAGAUUGAAAAGGCUGAUAUGCUUGGGUCUUUCCUUCGCAAUGGGUUGGAUCAGCGUCACGCCGAAUCGGAAAUCUUAACAACAAUGUAAGUUUAUAAUAUUCUCUCAAAUACUAACCAAGCAAGUCAUAUAUUGAACCUUUCAGUGUCGCUGGUUCGGACACAGUAGCCACAGCUAUUCGUGCUACCAUGCUCCACAUAAUGAGCACACCACGCGUGUACAACACCAUGGUUACCGAAAUAGAAGAUGCCAUAUCCAAAGGCCAAAUCUCCUCUCCCAUCACCUCCGCAGAAUCCAAAACCUUACCCUAUGUCCAAGCCGUAAUCAAAGAAGGUCUACGAAUCCACCCGCCCAUCACUGGAUUACUUCCCAAGAUCGUUAACCCAGGAGGCGAGACCAUCAAAGGACGAUUCGUGCCAGGAGGCACUCAUAUCGGACAAUGCGCUUGGGCCGUCCAGAGACACCCAAUAUUCGGGAAAGAUGUUGAUGUUUUCCGACCAGAAAGAUGGACUGAAGCGACUGAGGGGCAUAGAGAGGAGAUGACGAGAACUAUGGAGUUGAUGUUUGGAUCUGGGAGAUUGGGAUGCUUGGGUAAGGCAAUUGUGUUAGCUGAGUUGGAUAAAGUUUUUGUUGAGGUACGUAUUUUCUCUAUUCAGAUAUUGGACCAUCACUAAUUCUUUUGCAGAUGCUGAGAAGAUUCGAUUUUGCUCUUAUGUAUCCUGCUGCCCCUUGGAGGAGCACAAAUUUCACCAUGUUUUUGCAGGAUAAGAUGUGGGUUAUGAUUACUAAGCGCGAAACAUCACCCCGGAGUGUGAAAGUCGCAGUAGGUGAAUCUGUAGAAAACGGUGGAAUCGAAAGUUAUUAAGAGGUAGCUAGCUGGUCAUUGACCAUUGGAAUUAGG